AUGAUGAAACUGCGAAAUGUUAAAGACAGUAUCAAGAAAAAUGUUAGAACGAGUGAUAGAGUUGAUGGUGAUGAUGAUUAUGAUGAGAAAAUUGAUGGUGCUGAUGAUGAUGCGUGUAGUAUCGAGACGGGGAAAGAGUUGUGUAAUAGGGUGGAAAUGUUUAUCAAAGAGAUUGAUAGAAAAUACCCGACAACUGAUGAGGAAUCCAUCAACCAGGUGAAAGAUUUGAAUUACCUCAACCAACAAAUCGAAAAAAUUUCCCAAAAAAAAUUGUCCACUCUCCAGAAUCUUUCCUACUCUGACCUGAACGCGAGAAUUUCGCAUGAAAAUUUUUUGAAAAACCGACAAAAAAAAUUCGAAUUUCACGACGAGGAUGGAACUGCUAAAAAUGUCUCGCCUAUAGGCGCAACGAGCAACCAAUUUCUGGAUAAACUCCCAAAAAUUGACUCAAAGUACGUCAGCGGUCGGCCCGAGACCCCCUCCCAGGUCUGGGGCCUCCGCAGAAAGAAGUCUACACUCACAAUUUUGCCCCAUCUGAACGUGAUGAGAGAUUACUACGAAGAAGAGAAGAGAGAUAAGGAGGUGAAAAGAGAGAGUAUAUUUUCGUUUGUAAAAAAUAAUAGUCUAAGCAAUAAUAACAACAACAACAACAAUAAUAAUAAUAAUAACAAUAAUAAUAAUAAUAACAAUAAUAAUAAUAGUAAUAACAAUAACAUUGAGAAUGAUGAGGCAGGUAAAAAGUACAACGAUGUUGACGAUGGUGAAAAUGAUGGUGAUGAUGGGGUAUUUUAUGAUGGCGAUCAUAAAGAAAAUGAUGAUGAGCAUGAUGAAAGGAAAGUUGACAGCAACAAAAAAGACAACAACAGCCACAACGACAAUAUUAACAGCAGCAGCAACAGCAACAGUGGCUGCAAUACUACAAACAUCGACAAAAUAAUCAAUAACAACAAAAACACUGGAAGCGAGUUUAAAAAUAGAUGCAAAAACAACAACAACAACCACAACAACAUCAACAUCAUCAACAACAUCAAAAACAACAACAACAACAACAUCAACAACAACAUCAAAAACAACAACAACAACAACAUCAAAAACAACAACAACAACAUCAAAAAUAGACCAUUUUCAAUGAGUGUUGUGAAAUUCCACCUGGCUGAUGAUGAAGCCAGAUCAACCCAGAAGACUCAGUCCAGAAAAUUAUCCCAAAAUAAACUGUUAGGCCAAUAUAACCACGAUUCGGUGGGAGCAUCAUACCUGAUUCAAGCAACGGCAAGCCCAGCCACUACAACCGCCUCAGCGCCACAAGUUCCUAUCGGUGGCGGUAGUGGUGGCGUCGGACAAAAGGGUUUGAACCGGUAUGACUUCGGUUCGCUUACGAACUUCUACAAAAACAAGCACAACGUCUGCAAUUCACAUACUGCUUCUGACGUGAUGGAGAUCCUGGAUCCUGAAAUGAGGAAGGCAGUUGACGAGGAAAAUUUCUACGAUCCGGAACGACUGGAUGACUUCAGUCAGGGAUUCAAGUUCAAUCCUGCAAACUAUGGACAGGAAGAGGAAGAGGAAGAGAGGAUGAUGAUGAGAAGAGGGAAUGAUGACGUCGACAGAGCUAAGGAACUGCUUUAUAAACUUCAGAAAGGACUGCCCACUGAAACACUGAACCCAUUCAAGGCCAUCUUCAAAUACGAUGAACUCGAGAAAAAGACAAAGAACCUAUCUCGCUACUCCAAGACGAAAUACAUCACAAUGAACACGAAUGUGAACGACGGAACGGUGACCAAAGAAUUCUGCGAGUAUCUGGCUACACUUUCUUUGGAUGACAAUGACAUCAUCAACGAGGAAACAGUAGCUGGAUACUUCAAUAACGGUUUAGAUACGAAACCUACCCUCUCCGUCCCGAUAAAAUUCAUCGACAUGGAGGGAAUCCCACUGGAGUUGAGGAGGUUGACGGGCGGGCCAGACGCCACCGAACUACAAACUGAAGAAAAAUCACAUGACAACGCUAAUCUAGAAGUAUGGUUUCAACAUUUGAUUGAUCUUAUAAAUAAAAGUUUGAUAAGAAAGCAAACGAAGAAGAGGUAUAGAUUCGGAGCAUGGUACCUGGAUCCGAAAACUUGGAAAAAAAUUCCCUACAACAAGCCACUUGUUUCUCCAAAAAGUGCUUCUAGAGACAAUGGAAAAACGGAGGCAGUCCAAAAAGAUGACGAUUUGGAUAGGGAGCUGGCACAAAUGCACGGGACCAAAUUGUUUCUGGAGUUCGCCGAGAAGAAUUAUAAAAGGAAACCGCAGUUUUUAGAGAAAGUAAUAAAACUGAACUCCGAAACAGAAGAUAAGAUCAACUGA